AUGUCGCCGAGUCAAAAGGGGCCUUCGUCCACCGCUUUAGUGAACGCAUCCAAACCAGUCAACGACAACCCUCUGAACCGGUGUUUGGUGUUACUGGCCAUCAAACUCCUCAGACGUAUUCGACCUCGAGGUGGGCCCGUUCUCAUGUUAACUGGCGGACACUGUGUGAAAUACGGGCGCCGCAUACAUUUAUCUGAAGCAGCAUCAAUGCGUUUCAUAGCGCAACAUACAUCUAUCCCAGUACCAAAAGUGAUAUGUGCGUUUACUCGUUCCGGGAGCACGUACAUCGUGAUGGAAAGAAUCAAAGGAGAUAUGCUCGGAAAAGGCUGGGUGAGACGAAGUGAGAGUUCAAAGCAGAAGCUUCUUUCACAAUUAGCAGAAAUGAUCUGCGAGAUGCGAGACCUGCAACCCCCUAAAGAUAUAGGGAUCGCUUCUGUUGAUGGCGGAUCACUGUUUGACUUUCGUGUUCCGGGUCCUUCCAUACACUUUGGUCCUUUUGAUACUAUCCAGGAUUUCCAUCGGCAUUUACGCAGAGGAAUGGAAUAUGAGUCAGGGUUUGACCCUGAAGUUGAAGAGCUCUUCAAACAGCAGAGCAGCAAAUCUUGGCCUUUGGUGUUUACCCAUGGUGAUCUUAGCAGUCUUAAUAUUCUUGCUCGCGGAGAUGAUAUUGUUGGUAUUAUUUGA